ACUAGAAGACGUCGUAAGGAGUCUGCAAUGAAAAAACGAUCAUUAGCCAUCCAAUCACCUUUCCAGCCUAUGAAGGAUGUCGAGUACUUCUCUUCAGAAUCUAAUGAAGGUGAAGAACUUAGUCUCAAGCCCAGUCAUGUGUCUGCUUCGAAGUUAAGGUGGGCUGACUAUCCUUCAUCAUCAUCUGAGUCCCUCUUACUUGCCUUGGUUACUGAAGCGACAUCUGGUGACCCGAAUGCUCUCCUCAAGGCUGUGGAAGGCUUAAGGAAAGCUGUGGCUGAAAAGGAUGCCCAAAUCAAGGAACUCCAAGAACUGUUAGCGGCUCAACACUUAUCAAAACAGAAUAACCAAGCAGCAUCAAGCUCAGUCGCUGAUAAAGCCCUCGAAAACAAGGAAGACUCAUUAAGGACUUCAGAUCGGGGUAAGCAAGUCACUAUGGAGGAAAGCUUGGAGCUCUCCAAGCCACCAAAAUUCCAAAAGUUCAAUGGGAAAGGCAACCCAAGGCAACACGUCGCUCAUUUUGUCGAAACAUGCAACAAUGCUGGCACCUAUGGGGACCUCAUGGUGAAACAGUUUGUCCGGUCCUUGGAGGACACAGCCUUUGAAUGUACUAAGCGUAUUGUUAGCCUCCCUGAGCUUGCUAACACCAAGCAAAAGAAAGAUGAGUCUAUGACAGACUUCAUUGAAAGAUGGAGGAAUCUCGUCCUAAAUUGUCGAGAAAAGAUUAGUGAGAUCUCUUCUAUUGAUAUGUGUGUGCAAGGUAUGCAUUGGGGACUACUGUAUAACCUUCAAGCUAACAUGCCACAUACCUUUGAAGAAUUGGCCACUCGUGCCCAUGACCUAGAAAUUCAAAUUGCUAGGCAUGGUAACUUUCUUCCAACAGACGCUCGUGAUAAAAAAGAGUCUAGAAAAGAUGUGAAGAAGGAAGUGAAACCUUCAAAAGCCAAAGAAAUUAUGGCAGUCACAACAACGCUUGUGAAGAUCUCACAACAAAAGCUAAAGCAAAAUCCUAAACAAGACUCUGAAGUCCCGACUAUCUUUGAGCAAUUGUUGGCACUAAACCUAAUUGAACUUCGAACUCCUAAGCGCCCAGAGGAAGUUGGGAGAGUAAAUGAUCCAAAAUACUGUAAGUAUCACCGAAUUGUGAGUCUUCUAAUCGGUAAGUGUUUUGUGUUGAAAGAUUUGAUAGUUUGUCUUGAGAAAGAAGGCAAAAUACAACUAGAAAGUGAAGAAGGUUCCGCUGCCAUCAAUGUUGCCAUGGUUUCCUUUGGAUCCUUCAGUCCAGUUCCACUCUUACCUGUGCAACCAACCCCACUAAUGGUUCAGCCUAAGGAGUUUGGUCCCCACCUGCCCAAGGGGGCAAUUCAAGUUAAAUUUCAAACAGAUGAUGAAGAAAAGAUAGCUUAUGCUUAUCCUGGCAUGCCUCCUUCUGGAGGUCCAAGCUCUCUUUCUUUAUAUGACCUUAUAAUGGUAAAUCUUGAAGAUUGGGAAUCAUCAUCUGAGUCUGAAGAUGAGGUUGGCAAUGGUUGGUCAACCUUCAUUAGUAAGAGCAGAAAACACCGUAAUCCAGUAUCUAGUGGAAUGUCACUCCCAGAUCCUCAUAAAAUCAUGUAUGGUAUCUAUCCAGAGAUAAAGCCGACUAGAUGGUUUUCAAACUCUGAGUUUCCUGUCUUUUACAAUGAUGAUGAGGAGCCUUUCACGAAAGAAGAGUCCCAUUUUGUUGAUGCCAAAUUUUAUGAAAAGGAAAAAGAUGAUUUUGAAGCUCUUCCUAUUAAGAUGCCACAAAUAAAGCAAAAGAAUGACGAAAAAAUCAUUGUUCGCCCUAUAAAAGAUCCAUCUUCAAGUUCUGAAGUUAAUCUUUCAAUAGAGGAUUUGAAGGUGCUCCAGGAAGAUCUUGUGCUUCCAUUGUCUACACUCUCUAAACUGGGCAUUUCUAAUCCAGUUAUAAAAGAAAUGGUUGAAACAGCCAUAGAACAUGAAAAGCAACCUCAAGGAUGGUUUGAUCCUUGUGCUCAAAUGUUGCUAAAAAGGGCUAGCUUCAAAGAAGGAGAGUCUCGACAACUUGGGGAUUUGAACUCUAUCCUCACAGGGCCUGCUCCUUCACUAUUGACAAUCCAAGAGAAUCAUUCUCAAAAGCCUUUAGUCUUUUCUAGACUUGGUGCUAAGCAGCAAAAUAGCAAGAAAACAUCUAAGAGUCAGAAAGUUCAGAAGAACAAGAACAAGUCUAUGCAAAGAAAGAAGUAUCAAUGGAGGCGUAAAGACGUCCUUGAUGGGCAAGAGAUCUCAAAGCCUUCCGUUGAGGAGGUAAAGGUAGUUGAAUCAAACCAUGUCUCAAUUGAGAAAAUUCCUGACUCUGAUUCUUCAAAUGAAGAACCAAAUCCAGCCCCAAAAGCCUUUGAGGAUGGGGGACAAGCUACUACUGACGAGCUAAAGCAACGAAACUUGGGUAUAGAGGAUGAUCCAAGACCCAUUUUUCUCAGUGCAUUGUUGAGUUUGGAGGAAGAAGUAAGAUAUGUGCAACUAUUUGAUGAGUACAAGGAUGUGUUUGCAUGGUCUUACAAAGAGAUGCCAGGCUUAGACCCAAAAGUAGUUGUUCAUCGUCUAGCCGUGAAGCAUGGGUUACGCCCAGUGAAGCAAUCGCAGCGGCGUUUUCGUGCAGACCUCAUCCCACAAAUUGAAGCUGAGGUUGAUAAGUUGAUUGAAGUUGGCUUCAUUCGGGGGGUCCAUUAUCCAUCCUGGAUUGUGAACAUUGUUCCAGUUAGUAAAAAGAAUGGACAACUCAGGGUAUGUGUAGAUUUUCGUGAUCUAAACCAAGCAAGCCCAAAAGAUGAUUUUUCGCUUCCGAUCAUAGAGCGUAUGGUGGAUGCAACCAUGGGACAUGAAGUUUUGUCCUUUAUGGAUGGAUUCUCUGGUUACAACCAAAUUCACAUGGAUCCUAAGGAUGAAGAGAUUACAGCUUUUCAAACACCAAAGGGUAUUUACUAUUAUAAAGUUAUGCCAUUUGCGUUGAAAAAUGCCGGAGCCACUUACCAGCGUGCAAUGCAAAUGAUUUUUAGUGACAUGUUGCAUAAGCUGGUUGAAUGUUAUGUCGAUGAUUUGGUUGUUAAAUCUAAGAGACGUGAUGAGCACCUCAAUGACUUGAAAGUUGUGUUUGAGAGACUUCGCAAGUACCAGCUAAAAAUGAAUCCAUUAAAAUGUGCCUUUGGUGUUUCCUCUCGCAAAUUUUUGGGGUUUAUUGUGAGGCAUCGAGGUAUUAAAAUUGAUCAAUCCAAGAUAGAAGCAAUUGUGAACAUGCCACCCCCGAAAAAAUCUUCGAGAGCUAAAAAGUCUCCAAGCCAAGCUGGCUUACAUUCGGAGGCGAUAAAAGGACAAGCCUUAGCUGAUUUUCUUGCAGAUCAUCCAAUUCCAGCUGAAUGGGAGUUGUCAAAGGAUCUUCCAAAUGAGGAGAUGUUCUUUGUAGAUGUAUUGCCAUCAUGGGAGCUUUACUUCGAUGGAGCAUCAAGAAGAGAUGGUGCUGGGGUUCGCGUGGUGUUUGUAAUGCCAAAAAAUGAAGUAAUACCAUUCUCUUUUGCUUUAAGAGAACAAUGCUCUAAUAAUGUUGCUGAGUAUCAAGCCUUGAUUGCGAGCUUGGAGAUGGCUCUUGAAAUGCAAAUUUAUCAACUCAAUGUUUAUGGGGACUCAAGUUUGUUUGGUCCAAAGCUUCACUACCAAAUAAGAAGAAUGGGAUACUACUGGCCAACAAUGGUAAAGGAUUGCAUGGAAUAUGCGAAGAAGUGUGAAGCAUGUCAAUUUCAUGCAAAUUUUAUCCAUCAGCCACCGAAGCCUUUACAUCCAACAAUAGCAUCGUGGCCCUUUCAUGCUUGGGGUUUAGAUGUGAUUGGACCUAUAACACCAAAAUCUUCAGCUGGGCAUGCAUAUAUCCUGGUAGCAACUGAUUACUUCUCCAAAUGGGCGGAAGCUGUACCUUUGAGAGAAGUCAAGAAGGAAAAUGUUGUUGACUUCAUUCGAGUCAAUAUCAUCUAUCGGUAUGGUGUUCCAAGGUACAUAAUUACAGAUAAUGGCAAGCCCUUUAGCAACAGUCUCAUGGACAAGCUGUGUUCAAAGUUUAAGUUUGCCCAACAUUUUUCCUCCAUGUACAAUGCUGUUGCGAAUGGACUGGCAAAAGCUUUUAAUAAAACCCUUUGCAAUCUCCUUAAGAAGGUUGUUUCAAAGUCCAAGCCGGAUUGGCAUGAAAGAAUUGGUGAAGCACUUUGGGCAAAUCAAACGACUCAUCGUACUCCAACAAAAGCAACUCUUUAUUCCCUUGUGUAUGGAGUUGAAGCUGUUCUCCCUUUGGAAUGCCAAAUUCCAUCUCUCAAGAUCGCCAUUCAAGAAGGUCUUAUUGAUGAACAAAAUGCCAAGCUUUGUCUCCUAGAACUAGAAGCCUUAGAUGAGAAAAGAUUGGAGACCCAACAACACUUAGAGUGUUAUCAAGCCAGAUUGUCCAGGGCAUUCAACAAGAAGGUCCGACUAAGGGCAUUUCAAGUUGGAGAUGUGGUGUUAGCUGUUCGAAGGCCAAUUGUCAUCACUCGUCAUUCAAGGGGCAAGUUUACUUCAAAAUGGGAUGGUCUUUAUAUCGUGAUAGAAGUUUACAGUAAUGGUGCCUACAACAUUGUUGACAAAGAUGGUCUACAGAUUGGUCCCAUUAAUGGAAAGUUCCUCAAGAAGUUUUACUCCUAAAAAUAUGUAAUACUCCUAGUCACAAGAGUAUAAACUGUAUGAUCAAAA